UUGGAUGUUUAUGUCACAAUUUCUUUUUGUAAAAAUAAACUCUUCUUAGUAUCAUAAACAAUAAGAAGUUGGAUUGACACUUGAUCUCAACUCAUUUCCCCGGUAAAAGCCACCGGAGUUCAUCGCCGGCUUCCAUCAACAGCGAAAAACUCAUUCAGUGACGAUUGAAGGAUGCAAUUCUUUGGUGGUUCUGAGAUAAGUCCGUCACCGCCUGCGCCGACGGCAUCAGGAAACAAUGGGCAUAUGUUGUAUGUGUUUAAUAGGAAUGGUAUUUGUUUGCUUUAUAGAGAGUGGAAUCGCCCCCUUCAUACAUUGAAUGCUCAACAAGAUCAUAAGUUGAUGUUUGGUUUGCUUUUUUCGCUUAAGUCGUUGACUGCCAAAAUGGAUCCUACUAGUGCCGAGAAAGGAAACCUUGGUGUACCUCAGUUACCUGGCCAAGGUUGUUCAUUUCACAGUUUUCGCACUAAUACAUACAAACUUAGUUUCAUGGAAAGUCCUUCUGGAAUAAAGAUUAUCUUGGUAACUCAUCCUAGAACUGGUGAUCUUCGGGACUCCUUAAAGUACAUCUACAAUUUGUAUGUUGAAUAUGUUGUCAAGAAUCCACUCUAUACACCUGGAUCUCCUAUCAGGUCUGAGCUGUUCAAUACAACGUUGGACCAGUAUGUGAGGGGCAUUGCAUAGAAGCUGAGUGGUUACAGUUUACCAUCAUUGAUGAUGAACUCAUGUGUUGUAGAAUGGCUUAUUUUGCAUGGUGAUCACUGCAUUAUCAGUCACAGACUCUCGGGAAAUCCUCACAUUGUUUGUGUUUAUGUUAAAGCAAUAGAUGGUGUGAUAAUGUUAGUACUUGAUCAGAAUUCAUUGCCCAAAAUUUAAACCAAACAAGUUCUUAAAUUUUAUGUUGUCACUUGGUUACCUAUGCAUUGUUAACUCAUUUUGGUUUUUGCGGAUUAUACUGAACUUUUUUCUUGUAUAUGGAGACUGUUGACAAAUCUAAAUCGCAAGCUUAUUGCGGAUAUCUUAGUGUAAAAGUUGGUUUGAUCAAUAGAGUUGUUUUGGUAAUAA